AAGAAAAACAAAAAAUGUAACAAUAAAAUCAAAAUAAAUGUACAACGACUAAGCAUUAUUAUAAAUCAGGAAUUGUAUAUUUACAGGAUAGUGGGUAUUGUUAUAAAAAAAUUGUAAAAGAAUUUACAAACAGAUCUUUACACAUAAUUUAUAUUUAUAUAACUCUAAUAUGUGUAACAUGAAAAGAAAAUAUGUAUAAAGAUAUACAUAUCUGAGAAAUAGGUUAAUGAAUCUUAAUACGAUCUCCUCUCAGAAGACUUUCAUUUAUUUUUAAUCAUUUACUCUUUUGUGUCAUUUAUUUUUUUCUCAUGUCUUCUAAAUUUUUGUGUAUUUGUAAUUAAAUAGUACAAUGAAUAAGCUUGCUGUAACAUUUGUGACAUAUUUUGCAUUGAUACACAUCUUCCAAGAAAUAUCAAUUUAAUAUAAAAGCUAAGAGCAAAAUGAGAUUAGACAGUAUUUGAAUUUACAUUUUAACAUAGAUAUUAUGAUUGGUUAAAUAACCUAUUUGGUUUAGUAUAAAUUAUAUUUCUUAAUAAUGUCAAAUGUAUGGACUGGAGAUGAUACUGAGAAAUUAAUAGCACUCUAUGGGCAAUAUCAAUGUCUAUGGAAUCCAUUCCACCCAGACUUCAAUAGCACAUUGUCACGUUACAGUGCAUACAAGAAAAUAAAAAACUCGAUUAAUAUUCCUGGAUUAACAAUAUGUGAUUGCAUUGAGAAAAUUACAAGUGUAAAGAAAGAAUACUGUUAUGAACUAUCAAAAAUUACUGCAGCUAUAUUUUGUGAAAAAUUGUACGCACCAAAAGCAGAAUGGUUUAAAAGAAUGCAUGUACUCUUUUUUCCAUAUAUACCGACAUCUUCCUAUAAUGAUCUUAAAAAGGUAUAUGAUGUAAUAAGAAACAAUUAUUUCAGGAAUUGUUAUAUAGCUUUGAUUGCCAUAUUGUUAAUAUAUGUAAUAUUGCCAGAUAGCAAUAAGCAAAAAUUUAAUGAUAUCAGUACUCAAGAUGAUCUUUUGCAUUCAUCUCUUGAGAAAUCAAAAGAUAAAGCAAAUGCAUUACAAAAUAAAAUUACAAUAAUAUUUUUCAAGUACAGAGAUAUAAUCCAUUCUACUUUGAAACCACAAGAUGCUCUCAUUUCUUCUGAAGCAAUUCAAAUGAUUGAUGUAGCAACAGAUAUUUCUAAUGGUGUUUAUUCUACUACAGAGAAUGAAACACAAACGGAUAUAUUUAAUGAUCGUUCCACAUUCACGGAUGAUAUUUCUGUAGAGAUGUUUAGUAGAAAAAAAAUUGAAGAUAGUUUUGAUUUAUUUGGGAAAACAAUAGCUUUCCAAUUGCGAACUGUUGACAUAAAAACUGCUAUGGAAUUGGAGAAAGAGAUACAAAAUUUGAUUACAAAAGCACGGUUAAAAACUUUAGAGUCUAAAUUAAUGGAUCGGAAUGGCAAUUCAGUUUGCUGCUGUGAUUGUAAUGAUUGUAAAGUAAUGUGUAAAAAUGAAACUUGUAAUUGUGGCUUAACAUUAAAGGAAUGUUUAUUACUAACAAAGAUCAAAAGAAAUAAGGGCUAUGAGUUUUGCUACAAGUAA